GGCUUUGAGCCCAGGACGCCCCUCGCUCUCUCUCACUCUGCCUGUAAAGCCACUCUAACUCUGUCUUUUUUGCUUUUCUACCAUGGGGUCGUUUCUGAAUAUGUGUCGGUGAGCGAGUUGGUUUUGUUUUUACUUUCUUAUUCUGAAAUGUAUGACCGUCUGGAUCCCCGCACGGCGGAGCGAGGAAGGCUUUUUGUAGGUAUAAUACAAGGAAGCGUCGUCUGAGAGAGGGAGCGAGAGGGGGAAGGAUUGACGCUUUUCCUCCUCUCCUCCUCCUUCUUCCUUUCGCCCCCUCUCCUCCUCUUUUUGGCGGAGAGAGGGGUUGAGGCAGGAAUAAACGCUCUUUUUUUUGUUUUUUCUUUUUCUUUUUUAAUACAUUUGAAUCCUACUGCGCAACCAGACCGGAUCACGUGGCACUGGAGGGAGUUUGAUCGAUUUUGCACAGUUCAGUGUGAGAAAAAAAAGAGAAACACACAACUCCUGUUUCUUUUUUUUUACUUCUGUGGAUAGCUGGGACUGUUGCUACUUUUGCAUUAUUGCAAGAGGAGGGUGUGAUUGAGUCCGGUCCUUUUUUUUUUCAGCCUUGGAGGUGUGGAGUAUUAAUUUUUAUAUGCCUGGGUUUUGAAAAACAAUGGAGACGCACAUUUCGUGCCUCUUCCCAGAAAUUUUGGCAAUGAUUUUCAGUUAUCUGGAUGUGAGGGACAAAGGCAGGGUAGCCCAAGUGUGUAUCGCUUGGAGGGACGCAUCCUACCACAAGUCAGUGUGGAGGGGGGUGGAAGCCAAGCUGCACCUCCGCCGGGCAAAUCCCUCCUUAUUCCCCAGCCUUCAGGCCAGGGGCAUCCGGAGGGUCCAGAUCCUAUCUCUGCGCCGCAGCCUGAGCUAUGUCAUCCAGGGAAUGCCCAACAUCGAGUCCCUCAAUCUGUCCGGCUGCUACAACCUCACGGAUAACGGGCUGGGCCAUGCAUUUGUGCAGGAGAUCCCAUCACUUCGGGUUUUGAACCUGAGUCUGUGCAAGCAGAUAACAGACUCUAGUCUAGGCAGGAUUGCUCAGUAUCUGAAGAACCUGGAGGUGCUGGAGCUUGGUGGCUGCAGCAACAUCACCAACACGGGGCUUCUGUUAAUAGCCUGGGGCCUCCAUAGACUCAAGAGCCUCAAUCUGAGGUCCUGCAGACAUGUCUCGGAUGUGGGGAUUGGACAUUUGGCAGGCAUGACCCGUAGCGCAGCGGAGGGCUGCUUGAACUUGGAGUACCUGACCCUCCAAGACUGUCAGAAACUGACGGACCUGUCACUCAAACACAUUUCCAAGGGGCUGACCAAGCUCCGGGUACUGAACCUGAGCUUCUGUGGGGGGAUCUCAGACGCAGGGAUGAUCCACCUUUCCCACAUGACCUCCCUGUGGAACCUCAACCUACGCUCCUGUGACAACAUAAGCGACACAGGGACCAUGCACCUUGCCAUGGGUACCCUAAGGCUCUCUGGGCUUGAUGUUUCCUUCUGUGACAAGAUAGGGGAUCAGACCCUGGCGUACAUCGCGCAGGGGCUGUACCAGCUCAAGUCCCUGUCCCUGUGCUCGUGCCACAUUUCUGAUGACGGGAUAAACCGGAUGGUGAGGCAGAUGCACGAGCUGAGGACCCUUAACAUUGGACAGUGCGUGCGCAUCACGGACAAAGGGCUGGAGCUCAUAGCGGACCACCUGACCCAGCUGGUCGGCAUUGACCUGUAUGGAUGUACCAAGAUCACCAAGAGGGGACUGGAGAGGAUCACACAGCUCCCCUGCCUUAAAGUGUUGAACCUGGGACUCUGGCAGAUGACAGAGAGUGAGAAAGUGAGGUGAUUGGAAAUGCUUGUCUUUUGGAGUGUGUGUUAUUUUUCUUUUUUGGAUCGGGUUAGAGCAGGAAAAAGGGAGGGAUGUAUGGGCAGAGGAAUGUCUUUUAUUUAAAAAGAGAAAUCCUUCCUUUAUCCCUUCUGUGUAAGGUGUGCUUCUCCCAUGUGACCAGGAUUUAUGCUCAAAUGUUGAGUUUUUCUUUCUGUUGGCCUUGCAGGAUUUAAGUCAGUGUUUGACUCAGUAUUCUGCCUGGCAGAAAGCAAUUAAAACUUUUGUUGUGAGCUCAUGAAAAUCCCUGUUAACAAAAUGUUUUGCUCUCAAAUCGAGUUUUAAUAUCUUCGUAAAAAUUGGACUUUUGACUAGAAUAAUUUCAGCUCAGUUGUUUCCAAUCAGGUGUCUUUUUUUUUUUUUCUUUCUAAUAAUAGAAGAAUCAACUUCUCUUCCUGACACUUGCUUCCAUAAAUUUCUGGACGUGAAACUCGCAUCCAUCCUUAAAGUCAAAGAAAGGUUUUCAAACUUCAAUGUGGGACUUUUAUUUUUGCAGUGAGUCUGAGACAUUUAUGACUAAUCUCCGCUACAGCCAUCACGCCUAAAAAAAACAAACAAACAAAAAAAAAACUACAAAAGAACAUUUGGCUACCUCGUAUGUGGUUAUUUUCAAAGGGUGUAUACUGUUAAACAAGAAGGAAAGAGAGACUGAGAGAAAAUGUGCCUAAAGGGACUUGUGUCUGCCCCCUCCCCCAUCCCUCCAUCCCCUCUCUCUCCCUCCCUUCCUCCCUCCUUCUUCCCUGAGCAGAGCUAGAGAAAGGAGACCAGGACACAAUCUAACUACCUUUGUUAAUUUCCCCCCAUAAACAGGAGCAAAUUGCCAGAGAGAGACAAGAGAGGGAAAGGAAAGGCAAAGCUGUCGAAUCCAGAGUGCGAGAGAACGUCGCUUUAUGCAAAAUACAUAAAACCUGCUUGAGUGCAAGAGCUUUUUAUAUUGUUUCCUUUAGUUUUUUUUAUUUUUAUGGAUAAAGUCCAACUUUACACCCUUUAGAGAUGCAUUGCAUUCAAGCUUUGACCAGUAUAAAAGAGACGAGAUUGUAAGCCUAUACCUGUAGUGAUCCUAUAAUGCUAGGUGCAUGAUAAAGGUAUGAUCAGACCAUUACUAAACCCAGUGUAUGUCCUUACAGGAUUAUUAGGCUGUAGGUAUUUUUGUUGUAAGGGAUGCUGGUGGAGAUAAAUGUCAGUGAAUGUUGCUCAGAGCGUCGUACUUCAAAUUGAAGUGAUUUCUAUAACUUAGCCUUUAUUCGUGGAAACAAAUCAGGGUUUGUGUCGUGGCUUUUAUUUUCCCACGUUUGUACCUACACAUUCAUAUUCAUGUUGCUCUCACCGGUGUAUAGAGAGAGGAGGAGGAAGAGAAGGGUAUGGAUAUCCUUUCUCUUCUUUUUCCUACCAUCUCUCACCCUUCUUCUCCCUGAAUAAAAAUACCCUGAAUCCAUUUUGAGACAUGCUUAGAAUAAGGAGUAAUCGAUUAUUUUUCUUUCUCUCUCGCUCCUCUGUCUCCGGUUACAAGUGGAAUGCGUCUCUCUCGCUCUCUCUCCACCUUGCUUUUCCCCAUCUCUCUCUCUCUCUCUCUCUGUUUCACACACAUGCAUUUAGGCUAUACACACAUGCACACACGUGCACGCACACUGACGCCAGUGUGCGCACGUUUUAAUGUAAUGCAAUGACCUGCUAGAAAAUUAAUCUACGGAUGUGCGUCCUGCUGAAAAAGCUGUGUGCGUGAGUGUGUGUGUGUGUUUGACAAUAAAAAGAUGUACUGUAUAUUAUGUGUUUGUAAAGAAAAAAAAUGCAGAAUCCCAAAAUUAAAUUGUUUUAUAUUCUUACGGUUAAAACAAUUAAAGAUAUUUAUAUAAUGAA